UGCCUGUUACUUUCUGCAGAUGGCUCUCACGCCGGGUGCUCCCAGAGAGAGGGAACUGGUGCCUACAAGAGUCUCCGUAAGGCUGCAGCCUCUGCUUACCACCAAAAACCUCACAACGCGCAUAAUCAAUCAGGCCACCUGUCACAGUUGCUCAGUCCAGGCACUGAGCAAGCACCUUGGGUGAAGAAAGCUCCAUAGAAGACACUGAGCAAAAAUGAUGGACUGGUUGCUUCAUGAGCCCAUAGGAAAGAAAAAGAAGAAGAAGAAGAAGAAGAAGAAGAAGAAGAAGAAGAAGAAGAAGAAGAAGAAGAAGAAGAAGAAGAAGAAGAAGAAGAAGAAGAAGAAGAAGAAGAAGGAGAAGAAGAAGAAAGGAGAGAUCACUAGGAAUCAUCCUGGGUUCACCAAGCACAAGUCCAGCCCAAACGACCUCCUUUCUCAGGCCGAGAGGUUUUCUGGAUUGGUAGAUAUGUGGUGCGCUGAGGACGUCGCGUAUGUGGAUUUCAGCAAGGCGUUUUGUAAGGACUUUGAUGUAAUCCUCGGGGACAAGAUGGAGAAUCGUGGAUUAGACAGUAAUAGAGUUAGAUGGAUUAGCAGGCAAAGUGCAAUGCGAGCCAACAGUGGGGGGGAGCUGCCAGGAGAGCUAAUGCAAUCUUGGGCUCUUUUAAUCGGAGCCCAGAGCCCAGAAGAGGGGAGAUCAUGGCAUGUCCCUCUGUGCUUGGCAGUGGCCACACCACAUCUGGAGCAUUGCAUUUCAUCCCAGGAGCCACAGUUGAGCAAGGACGUUGACAAAUGGGAUGGCAUUUGGAGGAGGGGGGACUGGGACACCCCGGGGUCUGCAUACCACACCACAUGAGCAGUGGUUGAGGGAGCUGGGGACCUGAAACCUAGAAGAAGGAACAUCUAAGUGGAUCCUGACAGCUGUUUUCAAAUAUUUAAAGGUCUGCUGUGGAAGACAGAGUGGAAAUAGUGGAUGCAGUGUCAGAAACACAGCCCUUGACAGCAAGGUGGGUUUUUGGUUGGGUCGGCAGCACACCAGCAAGAAAGGCGGAGCUCCGGGCCCUGCAAGGGGGUUUCUGCCCUCAGCCACCCACAUGGGUUUACUUCCUUGGAGCAAGACUGAAAGGUGGGGCCUGGCCGGUGUCUAUAGCUCUUCAUUUUUCUGGCUGACCAAAACUACACCAAGCCCUGUGCCGGGCCUGGCGGAUGGAUGGACACCGAGGUGCAUAGGACAUUGUCCUUGCCCUCGGGGGCUUAUGUUCGAGUCAGAGAGAUAAACACACAAACCACUUCUGUUCAUACAAGGAUUUCCCUGCAGAGUAGAGCAGCCUUCAGUUCAGCUGCAAACUAGCUGUGUGACCUGGGGCAGAUCAUUAUACUUCUCUGGGCCUCAGGCGUCAAGUGGAUUCUAGGGCUGGUCCCCUCCACCUUUGCAUUG